AUGAACCAACUGAUCAUAAUCUUCUUUUGUGGCUUAAUUGCCUGUUCUGUGGCAGAAGUAGAACAGAAAAAAAAGACAGAAAAAAGAGGAAUUUUCAGUGGUGGAAUAGGUUUGGGAUCAGGCCUCUAUGGUGGAAGUUAUGGACACGGCGGAGGCUACAGCUAUGGUGGUGGAUAUGGAUACGGAUCUGGCCUUGGAGUUGGAUAUGGAUCAGGAAUCGGACUAUCUGGAAUUGGUUCUGGAAUCGGACUAGCUUCUGGCAUUGGUCUGGGUUCUGGUGUUGGUCUGGGUUUUGGAAUAGGUUUGGGUUCAGGCCUUGGUUUGAGUUCAGGCCUUGGUUUGGGUUCGGGCAUUGGCUUGGGUUCUGGACUGGGAUAUGGUGGUGGAUUAGUUUCCCGCCAAGUUACUGUACACAACAGAGUUGCAGUUCCAGUGCCUCAUCCAGUCAGUGUGCCUGUUGACCGACCUGUUCCUGUUCCAGUAUCCCACCCAGUUCCAGUUCCAGUUGAUAGGCCAGUACCUGUUCCAGUCAGCCGCCCAUAUCCUGUUCCUGUAGACAAGCCUUACCCAGUAACAGUUGAUAGGCCAGUACCUGUACCAGUUCCACACCCAGUUUCAGUUCCAGUAUCUAGACCUUAUCCAGUUCCAGUUCCAUCGCCAGUUCCUGUUCCUGUUGUCAAUAACGUCCCUGUUCCAGUACCGCAUCCAGUACCUGUUUCUACCCCAAUCGCUGUUGGUACCGGCCUUGGUUCUGGCAUUGGACUAGGCUCUGGCAUUGGACUAGGCUCUGGCAUUGGGCUAGGCUCUGGCAUCGGCCUUGGUUCCGGUAUCGGUCUUGGCUCCGGCUAUGGAUCUGGAAUCAUUUCUGGAGGUUCCAGUCUAUACGGUGGUGGCCUGUACAGCAGCGGGCUUCAUGGUAGCGGCUUCAGUUCUGGACUGUACGGAGGAGGUUUUAAUUCUGGGUUAUAUGGAACAUCUCAUGGACUAGGCAGUUCCUUUCUAGCACACAAAGCUGCAGCUCACGCUGCUCUGGGUCAUUAA